AUGGCAACGAUGUUCCCCUUCCUGAACCUCCCAAUUCACCCAACCCUCGCGGACGUCCUGGCCCGACAAACUGAACUCAUGGCGCACUUAGUCAAUCAAAUGGGCAAUGCCGGCAAUCAUGGUCCAAGAGCUGAGCCUCCAGUGAACAGGUUCGGAGAAUUCUUCCGCACCAACCCACCCAUCUUUCAUGGCUCCAAGGAUCCACUUGAUGCAAACUUCUGGCUCAAUGUGAUCGAAGAAAAACUUGGUCUUAUUGAGUGUGAGCCACAUGAGAAGUGUAAAUUGGGCGAUUCUCACGGCGGGAAGGGCAGCGCCGUCAUCUACGGCCUCGCGCAAUGCCGCGGCGACGUCUCCGCCGGCGACUGCGCCGCCUGCCUCGCCGACGCCGCCAAGCAGCUCCCCAGCACCUGCAGCUACAGCUCUGACGCAAGGAUCUGGUACGACUUCUGCUUCAUGCGGUACGAGAACGCCGACUUCAUCGGGCAGGCGGACAUGGACGCCGGCGUGAUCCUGGUGAACGUGCAGGCGGUGGACAACGCCAAGGCGUUCGAGAAGGCGGUGGCGAAGGUGGUCGGGAAGGCGACGGCGCAGGCGUCGGCGGCCGGCAGCGCGGGGCUCGGGCGGGGCAGGGACCAGUACACGCCGUUCGUGACCGUCUACGGGCUGGCGCAGUGCACGCGGGACCUGGCGCCGCUGGCGUGCGCGCAGUGCCUGUCCACGGCGGUGUCCCGGUUCGGCGGCUACUGCGGCGCGCGGCAGGGGUGCCAGAUCAACUACAGCAGCUGCAGGGUGCGCUACGAGAUCUACCCCUUCUACUUCCCGCUCGCCGGCGACGGUCGCCGCGCCGUCACCGACAUGACCAAGAACACCAAGAUCGUCGUGCACCCUUGAUGAUAAGUUGUUUGUUUGUAUGUGUGUGUGUGCUUGUAAUAAGCUAAGCGGCGCAUCAUGAUGUGCUUGCACACUUAAGUUUGAAAGUCGCUAAGAAUGAAGUGACUGGCUUGAUGUACGUUGGUCGUUGGAUAAGGCUAUGAAGAAAUAGCCUUUGCCUGUGUAACUGGGAAUAAAGAUGUGCUUGCUACUGCUAAGCAGUUUUAAGCACACGUCUGCGUCGAAGCAAUAAUAUUGAUAAGUUAGC